GCAUGGCGUAUAUUUCGAUCCCAAAAAAUCUAAAGAAAGCAAUGCUAUAGCAGAGCGUGAUCAUCAAGAAUUUGAAAAACAUGCUUUCGUUCGUCAAGAUGCCAUAGAUUUUCAUUUACCUAUGUCUCAUAGGUCUAGAGCAUGGGUUAAAGGUCUUCGUAUUAAUUAUGACAUUUAUAAUGAUACUCCUACUCGUUUAAUUCAUAUGUCACCUAAUGAAGCUGUAAAAAAAGCUUUAAAAGGUGAAAAAAUAAUUGCUAAUCCAUCUGUAAAACAUCGUAGACCUAUUGGAUUUAAUGAACCUCGAUUAACUUAUAAAGAUUCAAUUUUAUAUUUACUAGAACCUGGUGAGUUAGAAUUUGGUAGACAUCGCAUAACCGACAUGAAUUGGUCGUCAAAAGUUUAUCGUAUUAAAGAAUCCUUAAUACAAAAAAAUCAGCCGGUAUUAUACUGGCUUAUGGAUGAAAACAGCGAUGGACCUGAGAGAUCAUUUGUUCGUGAACAGCUAAUGAAAGUUGAUAAGAUUGAAUAUCCACCUAGAUGGGUUUUAUGA